AGCGCACAGGGACGGUGAACCAAACAGACGGGGAGAGAGAAAGCGAUAGAGGAGGAGGAGGAGGAGAAGGAGAAGGAGAAGGAGGAGGAGACCCACAACUUGGUUCUCACUCAGGAGCCGGUAGUCCUCCUCCUAGCGCGGUGCAGUCGCAGCACAGCACCGGACCGGCGUGAACUGUCUGCGGAGGAGGAAGAGAGCCGCACGGACCGAGAGAAAGAUGCAGGCGGAGGACAUGGAGAGCUCCAUGGAGUCUCCGAACCUGGAGUUUGAGUACGGAGACACAGACUCGCUGACUGCUGAGCUCUCCGAGCUCUACAGUUACACAGAGGAGCCAGAGUUUGCACUGAACAGAGACUACUUUGAGGAGGACUUCAAGAGCCAUGCUCGAGGCAGGAGGUGGACCGAGCUGACGCUGAAGGAGCAGCGGUCGUACGUGAUGAGGCUCCUGGAUGCACUGGAGGUGACGGACAGGGACAAGAGGCUGAAGGUGGCCAGGGCCAUCCUCUACUUGGCUCAGGGAGUGUUUGAUGAGUGUGACACAGAGGUGGACGUGCUCCACUGGUCCAGACACAAUGUCUUUCUGCUCUAUGACAUGGGCAUCUUCACGGCGCUGCUGGAGCUGCUUAGCAUGGAGAUCGAUAACAACCAGGCAUGCAGCAGUGCAGUGAGGAAGCCUGCCAUCUCUCUUGCCGACAGCACAGAGCUCAGAGUCCUACUUAGCAUCAUGUACUUGAUGGUGGAGACCAUCAGAGGUCAAACGGAGGAUGACAGACCUGAGUGGAGAACAGCGAGAGAAGCCUUCAAGAAUGAGCUAGGUUCACCCCUGUACAACGGAGAGACCUUUGCCCUGCUCCUCUUCACCAUGGUGACCAAGUUCUGCAGCAUGAAUGCCCCGCAUUUCCCCAUGAAGAAAGUCCUACUGCUGCUCUGGAAGACGAUACUGUUCACUUUGGGGGGUUUCGAGGAGCUCCAGGAGAUGAAGGUGCGGGGCCGGGAGUGUCUGAGGCUGCCCCCGCUGACGGAGGACAGCAUCAAGGUGGUCAGAGCCAUGAGAGCGGCCUCGCCCCCGGCCUCCGCCAUGGAGCUCAUUGAACAGCAGCAGCAGCAGAAGAGAGGCCGCCGCAGCCGCAGGAGUGCCUUUGUUGAUAGCUUGGAAGGAGACAGUCCCUUUACCAAGAAGCAGCCCCUGGUUAAGCAGGACAGUCUGGACACAUACAACGAGCGCGACCCUUUCAAGAAUGACGAGGAGGAGGACCCAGAGGACACUGACAGCGGCAUCGAGGGCGAAGUGGACCCCAUGGAUCGCGAUGUCAUCAUCCAGCCCCCACCCCCGCCGCCUCCCCUCAGACCUCCCACAGAAAGAGUCAACUUCCCUAAGGGCCUCCCCUGGGCCCCUAAAGUCAGGGAGAAAGACAUCGAGCAGUUCCUGGAGACCAGUAGAAACAAGUUCAUUGGGUUUACACUGGGAAGUGACACAGAUACCCUGGUGGGCUUGCCCAGACCCAUCCACGAGAGUGUCAAGACUCUUAAACAGCACAAAUAUGUGUCAAUUGCUGAAGUCCAGAUCAAAAAAGAGGACGCGCUGCAACAGUGUCCAAUGAGUCUGGGUGAAGAAGAGGUGGCGGAGACACCAACAGAGAUGCUUUACCUGGGAAUGCUUCCUAACCUGUCCCAGUACGUGAUUGCCCUCCUGAAGCUGCUGCUGGCUGCAGCUCCAACAUCCAAAGCCAAAACCGACUCCAUUAACAUCUUGGCUGAUGUGCUGCCUGAGGAGAUGCCUAUCACAGUCCUUCAGAGCAUGAAGCUGGGAAUUGACGUGAAUCGUCACAAAGAAAUCCUCGUCAAGGCCAUUUCUGCUCUCCUUCUGCUGCUCCUCAAACACUUCAAACUCAACCAUAUUUAUCAGUUUGAGAUCGUCUCCCAGCAUCUGGUGUUUGCCAACUGUAUCCCACUCAUCCUCAAGUUCUUCAAUCAGAACAUCAUGUCCUAUAUCAGUGCCAAAAACAGCAUAUGUGUGCUGGACUUUGCCCACUGUGUGGUCCACGAGAUGCCUGAGCUCACAGCUGAGAGCCUAGAGGCAGGAGACAGCAACCAGUUCUGUUGGAGAAACUUGUUUUCUUGUAUAAAUCUGCUGAGAAUAUUGAACAAGCUGACCAAGUGGAAACACUCCAGGACAAUGAUGUUGGUGGUGUUCAAGUCUGCCCCCAUCCUGAAGAGAGCUCUGAAGGUGAAGCAGGCCAUGAUGCAGCUCUACGUCCUCAAGCUGCUCAAGAUUCAGACCAAGUACCUGGGCCGCCAGUGGAGGAAAAGCAACAUGAAGACCAUGUCGGCCAUCUACCAGAAGGUCCGCCACAGGCUCAAUGACGACUGGGCCUAUGGAAAUGAUAUUGACGCACGCCCUUGGGACUUUCAGGCGGAGGAGUGCGCCCUGCGGGAGAGCAUCGAGAAGUUCAACAGCCGCCGCUACGACAAGAACAAGAACGGAGACUUUGCGCCCGUGGACAACUGCCUGCAGAGCGUGCUGGGCCAGCGCGUGGAGCUGCCCGAGGACUUCCACUACAGCUACGAGAUGUGGCUGGAGAGGGAGGUCUUCUCCGAGCCCAUCCAGUGGGAGGGGCUGCUGCAGCAGCCGUGAUGGAGGGGACGGGGCGGGGAGGCGUUGGUGGUGGAGACGGCCACCACCAGCCUGUUUCGGUCUCAGGGUGAGUUGAGGAUUCCGCAUUAUAGUUUUCAUCGGGGAGGAGAUGGAGAAGCCUUGAUGGCAGGUAGAAAUGCAAGUUGACGUACUUGGGCUGCCAUACUCUGAGCUCAGCACAAAGAAAAUAUAUGUCGCACACACACACACACACCCGCGCGCUAACAUGUGCCUAUGACUACUGUGAACACACAUGGACGGCACGAACAAAUGGUACCAGAUAAUAAGACACCGCUAAAGCAGGAGACUGUUUCGGCCAGUUAUACAGCACCCCUCCCACACUCCCAAAAGUAUCUUCACCACUUUGUCAAUUUAUAGGUCACUGUUUUUUUAAAUGUUGGUGCUUUUUUGAAUCUGUAGUAAUGUUUUCCUAUUUAUUUGUAUCAAUGAGUGUGGCUAAGCUUUUUUUUAUGGAGAUGUAAAUGUUCAUAUUUUCUAAUCCGUUCAUCUUUAUUUUCACACGGUUGUAGUUUGUGGGUGAUGGAUUUAAAGUUUUUUCAAAUGUAUUUUCUAAAAAAAGAAAAAAAAAAAUCCUUUUGGAAACAACCACAGGGUAAGUUUGAUAGUUGAUAGUUGGGAGCAAUUUCCACUAAUGGCAAAGUAAUCCCACAUAUGCCAAAAUGUUGCCAAAAAGCAAAUAAAUAUACCAGCAGUAGAUAGGUUUGAGUAAAGGCUUGUUUGUGAACGUAAAAAGUAUAUGUAUGCAGAAAGACAAGAAUAACACACAACAUGGGCCCAUGUAUGGAGGGUGCUUUGCACUGAGAGAAUCUUCUGUAAGAAGCUGUAUAAAAUGUUGUCUAUUUAAAAUGUACCUUACAUAGAGUCCUUGCAGAUUCCAGAUUUCUUAAAAAUGUAGAACUUUUACAACACAACAUAAAAUGCCUGUCGUGUCCCAUAGAAAAUCUCAACGAGGUGGCCGCGAACUUCUCUUCAACAGAGGUGUGCUUGUUUUUCCGAGUGCAUUCACAAUCAAGAUCUAAUGUUAAACGGCCUCAUAGUUGCCACUUUUCGCCGUUUCUGGGAGCGGGGCACUUCUCUUGAGUUAUUUUCAUGGAAAAAACUUUGGCUAAUCAAACCUCAGCAAUGAGAAUAAUUGGCAUUUUGGAAUCCCCGCUUCAACCAGCUGACUCGGACUCUAUCUGCCAAGACACGGGGCCCCUUGGAGAUGUCCUUCUUGGGGAACUUUGCCAACUUUGCUUGGAAGAACACAGCCGUCCCCUUAAGGGUGCCGUUUUUCUUAUCCUUCUUAUCCUUCACGUCAAACUACCUAAGCUGGGCUCCAGAGUAGUGAGCUCAGAGAUGUCUGAAGCUCAACCACACGCAAGCAGUGAAAAAAAUGAAUGUGUACCGUUAUUUCUUUUCAUAUCAUCCGAGGCGUUGUACUGAUUGUUAUCCAGUUGCCGCGAAGGGUCGAGAGCAGCCACACUUUUGACACUCGGUCUUGUGCUUCUCUGUGGAAAUGUGCAUGGCCACUGUUUUGUUUUGGGUACAUGUUAAGAAAUUAAAAUGUGGUCUUCAUAAUGUGUUUUUUUUCUUUUUCAAAGAAUUUUGUUGAAAGAAUGAUGUUUCCGGCACAAUUUGUACUUUUGUUCCCUUUCAAGUCGGCUUUCUGCAUUACAUGGUUGUUUUUUGUGGUCUUCUGGAAGGGGACAUCGUUGAACAAAAUGUUGUAUACAGAAUAGAUUCUCAGGUUUAUUGAGAUAAUAAUAUAUUACAAAAGUUUUAAAGCUUCCUUGCCAUCAUCUAGCUCACUACCUGUAGUGAUGAACACUUAUCAUCACAUUCAUGUAGGAAAAGAAAACCUUAAGCACUGAACAUUUAUUGCAUCGGCUGUAAUAACUGUUUGUAUUUACGUCACAGACAUAUCUCGUUCGAUGUAUUUUUU